UAGCCAUAUUUCCAGCCCCAGGGCAUCCCAGACUAAGCUCAGGCUGCUAGCCCUUUAAACCCGACCUGCGAGGGAGACGACGUGGAACCACAGAACUAGCGGUGUCAGCCACGUGGUACGAGGAAGCGUUCAUGUUGGAACUGGGCAAAGCCUAUUUCCACUCUGAGCUGCACAAUAUGAUUGUUUCGAGAGUAUCCACGUUCUUGUAUUUUCUUCAGUUGAGUUUUCAAAAACGCUAAUGGUACCACUCCUUUAGAACUAAAGCUUUGUUUAAAAUAACACUACCGGUCCGGCUACAGUGCCCGUUUUAAAAAUGGUGCUUCGGUCUUCAGCAGCGAUAGUUCUUUCGCAAUUAAGAUCCGGGUGGAAACAAUGGCCACUUUAUCGCCGCGCGCCUCUGUGGCCAGGACCUCAACAAGCUCAGCCAGCAGCAGAUUUUGUGGCCCUAAUAGGUGCCCUCCUUGCCAUCUGCUGCAUGAUCUUCCUGGGGUUUGCUGAUGAUGUCCUCAAUCUCCGCUGGCGCCACAAGCUGCUGCUGCCCACAGCUGCCUCACUACCUCUCCUCAUGGUCUACUUCACAAACUUUGGCAAUACAACCAUCGUGGUGCCCAAGCCCUUCCGCUGGAUUCUGGGCCUGCAUUUGGACUUGGGGAUCCUGUACUACGUCUACAUGGGGCUGCUUGCAGUGUUCUGUACCAAUGCCAUCAACAUCCUGGCGGGCAUUAAUGGCCUAGAGGCCGGUCAGUCACUAGUCAUCUCUGCUUCUAUCAUUGUCUUCAACCUGGUGGAACUGGAAGGUGAUUAUCGAGAUGAUCAUAUCUUUUCCCUUUACUUCAUGAUACCAUUUUUCUUUACCACCUUGGGACUGCUUUACCACAACUGGUACCCGUCCCGCGUGUUUGUGGGAGACACCUUCUGUUACUUUGCGGGCAUGACUUUUGCCGUGGUGGGGAUCUUGGGACACUUCAGCAAGACCAUGCUGCUCUUCUUUAUGCCACAAGUAUUCAAUUUCCUCUACUCACUGCCUCAGCUCUUCCAUAUCAUCCCCUGCCCUCGACACCGGAUGCCCAGACUCAACGCAAAGACAGGCAAACUGGAAAUGAGCUAUUCCAAGUUCAAGACCAAGAACCUCUCUUUCCUGGGCACCUUUAUUUUAAAGGUAGCAGAGAACCUCCGGUUAGUGACAGUUCACCAAGGUGAGAGUGAGGACGGUGCCUUCACUGAGUGUAACAACAUGACCCUCAUCAACUUGCUACUUAAAGUCUUUGGGCCUAUACAUGAGAGAAACCUCACCCUGCUCCUGCUGCUCCUGCAGGUCCUAAGCAGCGCCGCCACCUUCUCCAUUCGUUACCAACUCGUCCGACUCUUCUAUGAUGUCUGAGCUCCCUGACAGCUGCCCUUUACCUCACAGUCUCCAUUGGACCUCAGCCAGGACCAGCCUCUGUCUGGUCCGAGAUGACCCUCUGGUCCAGGCCUCGCUGACACUUUUGUUCUCAGCUUCUGCCAUCUGUGACUACUGAUAUCCUGGAUGGACACCUUGCUGGACUUGAAGUCCGCUAGUUGGACUUUGCCUAGGGCUUUCAUCUUGCCUUGCCCUCCCUUUCUGUCCCAUCUGCAGCCUCACCAGGUGGGCUUGUAGCCUCUAUUAUGCAAAUAUUCGUAGCUCAGCUUUCAGAGCGCUAACUCUAAAGGAAUUCACCUGAGCCUUGAGAGAGAACCUGGGCUAGGGCUAGAGUUAGGGCUACAUACUCCAAGGUGACCUCACAUUUGACUAUCAAAUGAAGUGUUGUGAUUGGGAAGCGUAGAGGCAGGGCCAUGUGCUCAGAACGGUGACAAUAAAGGACUGCCUUUUACUUGUUCCUCUAGUGUAGCAUCCCCUCCCUCUGUCCUUUUUAACCUUCGUGGUGCUUCAGGAGUGAACACCGGGGCUUCCUUAUACUUAACUGCUCUACCACUGAACUAUAUGCCAAGUCUGGUAUAUUUAUUUUUUAUAUAGGCAUUUUAGGAUAGAUUGGAAGGGUUAGACCGGGUACCUUUCCCAAUAGGAUACCGAUCUCUGUUCCAUCAGACCCUUUCUUGCAAAAAAGGCCUGUCACAAACUAAGACCAGACAGAACAUGUUGAAUAAAUAUCGCAGCACAAACUUGUGAUAGCAUAAAAGAUCACAGUGCUCCAUUUUCUGGCAUAGGAUUAAACUCCUAGGAGGUUUCAUUUCGUUUCUUUUAAACCCUCCCUCCCUUUAAUCUGCACUAGGGAGGCAGAGGCAGGCUGAUCUCUGAGUUCCAGGACAGGCAGGGCUACUCAGAGAAACCCUGUCUCAAACAAACAAAAGCCAGAUGGUGGUGGCGCACGCCUUUAAUCCUCAGGCUUGGGAGGCAGAGGCAGGCGGAUCUCUGAAUUCAAGGCCAGCCUGGUCUACAGAGUGAGUUCCAGGACAGCCAGGGCUACACAGAGAAACCCUGUCUCGAAAAACAAACAAACAAACCUAAAAAUAAUAAUGAACAAAUAAACCCUCCGUCUACCAGAUUAGAGGAGGGAGUGGGAAGUGCUCUAACCUGGAAGGAGAACGCUGCUUAUAGUGUAGACCCUUUUCCUUUAAGACCAAAGACCGACUCAAAUUUCCCAGAAACUGUAGAGGUAGCUCCAAGCUCCACCCUUCUAGUCUUCAGGUUUUGUUGUCGCGCCGUAGCGUUUAAAUUUCGCGCGCUCUACACGGAUUGGCCAUUUCCAGGGGUGAGCAGCCUCCGGCUUGCGGCCACUCCGCCUUGUCUUCUUCCCCGGGUAAAAGGUUUUCAAAUUGGACCAAUCACUGGGCGCGUUCUCUCAGCUAAGGCGCGUCACCGAAGGGUUAAUUGCAACCAACCAGAGGUGGGUAUUAAAAAAGGAACCAAUCAGGAGGAAGCGGGGGCGUGUCCAGGGAGUUUAUAAGGCCGGGCUUGGCCGGCCAGGCGACCGUUGACUGCGGCGGUUGGUAGUUCGUGGUCUCUCAGCGUUGUUCGCAGCUCUUCUACCUCGUACACUAUGUCCGGACGCGGCAAGACCGGCGGCAAGGCCCGCGCCAAGGCCAAGUCGCGCUCUUCACGCGCCGGCCUUCAGUUCCCUGUAGGCCGCGUACACCGGCUGCUGCGGAAAGGCCACUACGCCGAGCGCGUGGGCGCAGGCGCGCCGGUGUACCUGGCAGCGGUGCUCGAGUACCUCACUGCCGAGAUCCUGGAGCUGGCGGGCAACGCGGCCCGCGACAACAAGAAGACGCGCAUCAUCCCGCGCCACCUGCAGCUGGCCAUCCGCAACGACGAGGAGCUCAACAAGCUGCUGGGCGGCGUGACCAUCGCGCAGGGCGGCGUCCUGCCCAACAUCCAGGCCGUGCUGCUGCCCAAGAAGAGCAGCGCCACCGUGGGGCCCAAGGCGCCGGCGGUCGGCAAGAAGGCCUCGCAGGCCUCUCAGGAGUACUGAGGGGGCCCGCGCCGAGGCCGCCCAGCCCUCCCCACACCUCCACAAAGGCCCUUUUAAGGGCCACCACCUCCCUCACAGAAAGAGCUGAGCCACUUCGGGCUGCGGCGGCUUGCCGCGUCCCCAUCCUUUCUCUUUCCCUCCUCUCCCCUCCCCGCCCUCGCGCCACUCUUCCCCUUACCCCGCACGGCCUCCGGUUCUGCCACGGAGGACGCGGGCGCCGCGGCACCUGCCCAUCCCGGAGCUCGUGACAUCGCUUCGCCGUUCUCGGUUGUGGACGACGGCUCCGUGCGGAGAGGCUGCGGCGCCUUCCCGGAGUCUCGGCCCCUCGCUCAGACGUCCGGCCGCGGUGGGCUUGAAGGUUAGUCCCUCCGCAGCUACAGCCCCGGCGUCUUUGCUUCAGCUUGGUGCUUAGCCCUCGCCUGGACCUUUGAAAAGUGACUUGAUUGCCGGGCUUAGAGGAGGAGAAAUGGAUCACAUUGUUUCCUUCGGUGUCACCGUUGCUGGCCUCAUACCAGUUGACCCUGUCGCCAUUCGUAGGCCAGUGUGGUGUGGCGGGGCCAAAAAUGGUUGUAAUGUGAACCCAGUUUCUCUAGGAAUACCUCCCGGCAAGGGUCAGAGAGACGCUUACCGGCCUGUGGACAAGAGUUCUAUACCUGCCGCAGGCGACUGGCAGCCGGGCCUAGCCAUCCAUCCCCUCUUCCCCAGCGACUCAACUACAACCCAAACACCUAGAUACCAGCACAAGCCGGUGAAUCCCUGUCUGGACUGAGCCUCUGGCUUCUGAACUGGAACUUUUGCAGCUAUUACAAGUUUAGAACCUUAAGUGGGGAGAUUUAAUGGGCUAAUUUUAUUAAAGGAUCGUUUGGUUUUGUUUUUUUAAAAAA